UGUCAACAUGGCAGGAGCAAUGCUGUUGAUCAGCUAAUGUCAUGGAGGAAACACCUGUAGACUACACGACUGAGUUUUACGCUGAGGGAAGAACUCGAGAUACAACAAGCCUUCUUGAGCCAGAAUCAUUAGGGCAUGGAAGCAAUGGUUUACAGGAGCAACUUCAGUUGGUUCAACCUCAGAAUGUUGAGAGGUCCUGUUGCUCACAAAAACCAUUGUUAUACCUUACAAUGGCUGCAUGUAUGGCUGGACUGGGUGGAGUUUUGUUUGGUUAUGACAUAGGUGUAGUCUCUGGAGCCAUUCUUCAGCUGAGAGCUGAGUUCAAUUUAGAUUGCACUCAACAAGAGAUGGUGGUGAGUUCAAUGCUGAUGGGAGCAGUUCUGGCCUCACUGGUUGGAGGAUUAAUAGUGGAUUUUAUUGGAAGACGUCUGGCUAUUGUCAUUAAUUCUGCAGUGUUCCUUGUUGGAGCAGUCAUUUUGGCAUUUGCACCCUCAUUUGCAAUUCUGAUUAUUGGACGUUUUAUUAUUGGGUUCGGAGUAUCAUUGUCUGCCAUUGCUGAGUGCAUCUACAUCUCUGAGAUAGCUCCUGCAAAGAAGCGUGGCUUGUUGGUAUCAAUCAAUGAGCUUGGUAUCUGUCUUGGUCUUUUGCUGGCUUACUUGGCCAAUGUGCUUUUCAUUCAUUUACCAUCUGGCUGGCGUUUUAUGUUUGGGCUGUCAGGAAUUCCAGCAUUUAUUCAAGGGAUAGGAAUGUUCUUUUUGCCACACAGUCCCAGAUGGCUGAUAGUGAAUGGACAGGAUGAAAAGGCUUGUAGAAUGAUUCAGAAGCUUCAAUGGUCAGGUGACCCACGUGAAGAGUUUGCAAGAAUCAAGUCUGGGCUCCAAGUGGAAUAUGUAUGUACUUUAGUUGACUUGCAGAUGAUUAGACAGAAGGUUAAGGAUAUCAUAUUAUUGUGCGGUUCAUAGUUCACAGGUCAGCCAACUGUGGUGUAUUACGCAUCAACAAUCUUCCAAGCGCUUGGCUUUCAAAGUGGGGAGAAAGCAACGUUAGCAAGUUUGGGCAUAGGAAUUGCAAACCUUGUUGCUACUAUAAUAUCUCUCAGUACUGUGGACAAAGGCGGUCGUCGUCGUUUUCUUCUCAUAGGUGUAUCAGUGAUGGCGGUCAGUAUACUCACGUUAGGGAUCAUUUCUCACUACUCACCACUGGGUCUGCAUCCAACCAGGAAAUGCUACUUUAAUAACAACUCGACAGCACCAAACCAAACAGAGUAUACAACACACAUAGCUAACAAAGGGUUGCGGUAUUUGACCCUCACUUCUCUGGUACUCUUUGUUGGUGCCUUCUCAUUCAGUUUUGGACCAGUGUCUUGGUUGGUGUUGAGUGAAAUUUUUCCAGCUGGUAUUAAAGGCAGAGCUUUUUCUAUCACCACUGUAAUCAACUGGGGCACAAAUCUGUUUGUUUCUCUCACAUUUCUGGAUAUGCUUAGUAGUAUAGGAACUUCUUCAACCUUUAUUUUCUAUGCAGUUGUAUGCGUUCUAGCCGUACUAUUUGUUUAUAAAUAUGUCCCUGAAACGAAAAACAGAACUUUGGAACAAAUCUCCGCCGAGUUGAAUGCAAGAAAACCACGAGAUAUUCUGCCAAAGAAACUGAACUGUUGCAAGAGCAGAGUAAGACGAAGGUUAAGGGAGCUAAGUACGAGACCAUCACCGACUGGGUCUGCGACUGAUAUGUUAUUGGAGAAUUCUUGCUGAUCUUAAAGCAGUUUGAACAAUUCCAGUAACUGCCAUGUAAAAGACAGUUCACAUGGAUCGUAUAGCGGCUGCUAGAGGCGCCUUUAUUGUAAGCUUUCGGUUCGACCUUGUUGAGCUGCGUCGUUGCUGUACUUUGCGACGGCGAUUAGCAGUGACAAUUAUUGUUCAAGGCUGCCUAGUUGUCAAUCUGCAAUCCUUAGCAGCCAUUGAUUGGUCACGUCACUCAACACACUUCAACGCUCGUUGAUGUGACAAACUGGUCAGAAGAGAACGAGAAGUUUCCUAAAUUGCCGAUAAAUCAAUCGAAGAGAAAGCUGAGAAGUCGAUAAGACUGAACUUAUUAAGUCUGCCCAUUGUCAGUGGAACUCCCUCGAAUUUUUCUAAAAUUUUUCUGGUGUGUUGGGUUGUAAAUAACGGCUUGUAAAUUUGUUUCAACGGUAUAAAUUGCAAACGUUGAAAUGGAAAUUGAGCUUUAAUAGAUAAUAAAGAAACUACUUGAAAUUA